AUGUCUAAUGAUUAUGAAAAAAAGAGGUCUGCCCUAACAGUGUCCACAGCGUCUAUCGAUGCAUAUUCUGAUGAGUUGAAAAGGAUCGAAAACAAAAAUGAUGUACAACCCAUGAAAGGAUGGAUGAAGAAGAAAAGCCCUGCUCUCCUCAAGGGUUGGCAAAAGCGUUACUUCAUGCUCAUUGAGAACAUGCAGGAAGGCCCCUGGAAAUUGGUGUAUUUUGAUAAUGAUAAAACCGACACUAAGCCUAAUGGUGCUUUUGAUUUAUCAUCCAUUACCUCCAUCAAUUAGAUCUCCAAAAAAGAAUUCACCAUUUAAUUCCCUGGCCGAAAUCUAGAAUUAAAAGUUAAAACUCCUGAAUUGUGUCAAUAAUGGAUUGCCACUCUUAACGGUCUCAGAACAGCAACUUCCCCUCAGAGAACAAAGAGAUAAGUCAGCAUGGAUUCAGUAGUUAAGAUGGCAGAUGAAAGUCCCACCAAGUUAUAAAACCACAAGAUUGUGGAUACGUAUACAGCCCAAUAGGCACAAGUCUAUAAGGAGAGGCAACGCAAUUCUCUGCUCAUCGACUUGUCCAAGGGAGAUAAGAAGAUUAAGGAGAAGCAAAACACCCAACAAUUAUCAAAUGAGAAGAUGCUUGAACUAAUUGGUUUGAAAGAAUUCAUCAAAAAUAUGAAUGAGCAAUUUGUCUAUCAAAGAAUGAUCUACGGCUAUUUGGGUAAAAGAAGCAAAGGAAAAGUAAAGUACUUUUAAAAAAGAUGGUUUAUUCUUGUAUCAGCCAAACCUUUGUAUUCAGAUUACAAUGAUGAAAAGAUAUUGCAGGAAUCCCAACUACCCCCCUGGCUAGAAUUAGAUACUAUUACUUAUUUCAAACAGAAGGAAGAAGGGAAACCUCCAAAAGCUAAGGGUGACGUGAAAAUGUUGGAUUGCCAAGAAAUUAUAAUCAAGAAUAUGUCCAAAUCAAAGGAAAGUGGCUACACCUUCAAAUUAAACAUGGGAGACAGAUUAUAUCAUCUGAUGGCUGAUUCUGAAUUAGAACGUACUAAGUGGCAAACUGCCUUGAGUGCAUCUAUCAGGAUAACCAAAGAAAUUAAUAACCCUUUAAAAAUUAAAAUUAAAAAGAACAUUGACCCCUUAAUCCAAUUAUAUGACGAAGAAACUCAAUUGAUAGCAAGAAGAGAAAAGAUUAGACAGAAAUUAGAGUAGGAUAUUGCAGCCAUCUUGAAAGAGGAGGACGUUGAUCUAAAUAAGCUGAUUAGUUAAUUGACUGAUUUGAGAUAAGACAUGUUGGAGUCGAUGUAAGCAAGCAUUGUGAAAGACCCCUAAAGAAAGGACAUUGUAAAGGAAUACACCGACAUUUAUCAUGAAAAGAUAUGCGAAAGGAUUACUAAGUUUUGGGAUCAGAAUUACAUGAAAUUACAAUCUCCAGAAUUAUUACUCAUAGGAUAAUGGUUACAUGAUUAUUUAUUACAGAUGAAGGAUUUCUUUAAUGAUGAUCGCAUUCUCUUGGGAGUUGGAGUGCUUCUGAACAUCUAUGUGAAUCGAUCUCUUGAAAGUAUGGAAUCAGUCAUCUAUUAAAUAAUUGAACAGGAAAGAAUUCAAGAACCAUUCUUGAAUGAUCAAGAAUAACUAGUUACUUAAACUCCAGUUGAUUUGUUCAAGAUUAUAAACGAAGGCUUCGAUAUGGCAUAUAAAUUAUGUUCAUGCAAAGAAACUGUAAUUAGAUUCGGAGGUUUUGGCAAAGUUAUCCUAUAAUAGUAUUAAGGAGGGAUUCAAGAAAUCAUUGAUGAAUAUUAACUCUCCGUUGCUAAGUUUGUUGCCAUAUGUAACAAUACAUUGGCUCUGCAUGAUAAUACAAAACAAUAUUCAAAACGACUCUAAUCUUUUGGCAAUUUAAGUGAUGAAGAGGUUGAAAAAGUAUUUGAUGGACAAAAAAUCACUAAGAAUUUUGUUUAAAUUGCCAGCAAUUGCAGAGAAAGAAUCUUCAUAUUUUAUUUCAGUCGCGUUGGUACUCAUUUUAAAAAGCCUUAUCUCGAAAUUAAGAUCAUAGACACUCUAAAAUCCAUAAUAGAACCAGCCACAGAAGCUUUAUCACAAUUGCACGACAGUUUUAGUAGAAAACUCUGGAAGUAACUCACUGAUUCCAUUAUACUCUACUAUUUUAAUUAGUUCAUUAUUUCUUGCAGCAAGGCAAAAAAGGAAUAAUAAAAUGAAUUCAUUAGAAAAUUAGAAAAUGAUAAAGAAAUCUUAUACUAAGAACUAGAAACAUUUAUAUUUGAGAAGUAAUUAUAAGCAACUCUAAAGCCUUUUGAUGAUAUGAUAUCAUUCUUGAAUGAAGAAUCUCUAAGUAUUUUAGACCCAUGCAAAAGCUUAAGGUAGUAUUUUGGUAGGGCAUUUUCUGAAAAAACUAUCAAGUCUAUUAUGACUCUAAGGUUUGAUUUGGACAAGGAACAAAAGAAAGAUACUAUCGAAAUCUGUAAGAAUCUAAUAGAGGAUAUCAACAAAACCUAACCUAUCGAAGAAGACACUGUUAGAAUAAUGGAUUUCUUGGGUUAAGAGGAUGAAGAGUAAAAUAGCACCCAAAUGCAAUAGCAAGAACAAGUUUAGAGAAGAGCAGAUAUCCGAUUAGAUUUUAAUGACAAUGAAAUUUAAUCAAUCCCUUAACAGUAGUAAAAGCGAACUUCAAUUGAAAAAGAAGAAUUCAUAGAUGAGGGUUAUUUAUAUAAGAAGAAACCGAAAUCAAAGGCAUGGGAUUAUAGAUUUGUUAGAAUUAGAAAAGGGUUUAUGUAUUGGUAUAUCAACUCAAAUUCAAGAGAAGCAUAGAACAAAAUCAAUCUUCAAAGUGUAGAUGAGGUCAUUCCCAACCCUAAAAAGUCUACCAAUUUUAAGAUCUAGUUAGAAGAUUCUAAGAUAUAUAAGUUUAAAACACAAACUAAAGAAGAAUGUGAAUUGUGGAUCAAAACUAUAUUGAAAGAACAGAAUCAAACUGAAGUGGCAAUCAUCACUCUAGAAGCUAUUUAAAUUGGAAACGGGAAAUUGCCAAUCAUCAAAGAUUAUGAUGAAAUAGCCAGGAAGGAAAGACAAAGAUAGAAAUAAGAAGAAAGAAAAAGGAAAAGAAUUGAGAAAGAAAACGAAUUAAAAAAGAAAUAAAUGGAAUUGAAAUUGCUGUAAUAGCAGUAAUUGAAAGAAUUAGGAGAUAAGCCAUAACCUCAUUAAGUAGUAGAUGUAUUUGAAUAACAAAGGAAAUCGGGUGAUUCCUCCAAAAAAACUACUUCUUGUUGGACUUCAUUUUUGAUAGCUUUAGGAGUUGAAAGACCUAAAUGAUUAUUAUCAUAACUAUUGAUAAUAACUAUUUUACAUAAACUUAGAAA